AUGGCUGACCAAGGCAUUCGAAAAUAUUCUUUCCAACAGGCCAAGGCCGAUGUGGUUAUCUCAGAUCCUUACAAUUCUUAUAUUCUAAUCAUGCCAGAGAAAGUUGUCCUUGUCACCGGCGCCAACCAGGGCUUAGGCUUUGCUAUUGUCCAAGUUGCUAGCCUGCGUCACCCAUCCAACACAUAUAUCCUUUGCAGCCGUGACCUUAAUGCUGGUCAACAAUCGGUGCAGAAGCUGAGAGACCUCGGAGUCACCGCUAAGAUCGAUCUGGUUCAGCUGGACGUCACGGACGAUCAGCAGAUCGCUGCGGUUGCUAGGCAUGUCACAGACACUUACGGUAAACUCGAUGUCCUAGUGAACAAUGCCGGCAUAAUCCGUGUCCCACCGCAAAAUGAUCUUUCCGGAGCCCGCAAGACCUACAAUGAAAUCCUCAAUGUCAACAUUACCUCUGUCGCAAUUGUCACGACUGCCUUUACACCUCUUCUCUACAAGUCCUCUGACCCCAUAGUGAUCAAUCUUUCCUCGGGGCUUGGCAGCAUCCAAAACUCGCUGACCAAGAAGAUGGGGCGCUCGCCGCCCUAUGGGUCCAGCAAGAUUGGAGUGAAUGGCCUGACGGUUCACAUGCAAGUUGCAGAGAAUGAUCGUGUGGAAGCGGAGGGAACCAGUGACAAACCUCUCAUUCGUUUCUAUGUUUGCGCGCCCGGCCCACUCAAGACAGCCUUUACCAAUUUUUGGCCUAAUGGACGGUCUCCGGAGGAUGGUGCUGAGGUCAUCGUUCAGCUGCUUGCAGACGAUAGCAAGAAGUAUGAUGGUGGUUCUUAUUGGGAGUAUGUGGACAAUCAGAUGAAGGUUGUUCCAUGGUAG